AAGGAACGCUGCGCAAGGCAGUGCUGGCCGGGGCUCCGGCGUCCCGACAGCCGACCGAGGCGGUGCAGGGAAGGAGUGUCCCAUUUCAGAAAGUUGAGGGUCGCCUCCUUCAAGGGACGUCGUCUUUGUCGUACUUUUUCUCCUUUAGCAGAAAACUUAUAGCCCAGCUUUGAUUAAAGAUGACUUCCUUGUUCACUCAAGAAGUUCACCUUUCUAAAAGACAUGAAGAAAUAGUAUCACAAAGAUUAAUGUUACUUCAGAAAAUGAAGAAUAAUUUUGGAGAUCAAAACACAGAAAGGGCAUGUCUUCUCCAAGCCACUGAAACUGCUUCAAAAAGGAACCUCAGUCUCUUGCAGGACAUAGAAGCUGCAGAGAAGUCUUUACAGGCCAGGCUUAAGCCACGCCCACAACCUGCAGUACGUUCUCUUGAGACUCGUUACUGGGCAUCAGUAGAAGAACAUGUCCCCAAAUGGGAACAGUUCCUUUUAGGCAGAGCACCAUAUCCGAUUGGUGGCGAAAAUGAAAAUGAGGCAGGAAACACCGUUCAAAAUGAGAUGAAGUGAUAACUUGUUCAUAUGUUACUCAGAAAACAAAAACAAAAUCCAAAAACAGCUGUUUGAUAAAACUCUGUAAGUCAUGGCAGGAACUUGAGGGAGUAAUGUGCUUUGUUUGUCUCAUUAUUGUCGGUCUGAGAGCCACUGACAGGUCUCGGGUUGGACUACUGCAAGGUCGUAGAUUUGCAAUGAAAGGGUUAAAAGCUAAUGCUAAGACAGAAUGUUUGUUAAAGAUGGUAUUAAAGCAGUGCUGUGUGUGUUAAACAUUCAGCCUCAUUA